CGAAGAGGGCUCGACAUGAAAACAUUGACAAGUGAGGACAGUAUGAGGAGCCUUCAUCGAACAGUGGAGAAGUGAGAGGAGGUUUUCAGAAUGGAGGCUGUGGUUGACUUCCUGAAUGUUUUCCACCUCAAGGCCAGUGGAUUGUCAGUGACACUCAGUCUCCUCCUUGUCUUUCUGGGUCUUCUCUACUGGUAUUCCAUUUACCCUUUUUCGAUCCUGUCUCGAUGUGGUAUCAAACAUCCAAAGCCAGUGCCUUUCUUGGGCAACAUGUUUAUGUUUCGCCAGGGUUUUUUCAACCCUAUCAAUGAACUCAUAAAGACACAUGGCAGAGUUUGUGGGUAUUAUUUGGGCCGCAGACCGGUGGUGGUGAUAGCGGACCCUGACAUGCUGAGACAAGUGAUGGUCAAGGACUUCAGCAGGUUCCCCAACAGAAUGAGACUUCGCUUUGCCACCAAGCCCAUGACCGACUGUCUGCUCUUGCUGAGGAAUGAGCGCUGGAAGAGAGUGCGUAGCAUCCUGACCCCAUCAUUCAGUGCUGCCAAGAUGAAAGAGAUGGUUCCGCUCAUCAACACAGCCACCGAUGCCCUGAUGAAUAACUUGGACGUUUACGCUGAGUCCGGAGAGGCCUUUGAUAUCCACAAGUGUUUUGGUUGCUUCACCAUGGACGUUAUUGCUAGUGUGGCAUUCGCAACUCAGGUGGACUCUCAGAACAACCCAGAUGACCCGUUUGUCCGCCACGCACAGAUGUUCUUUUCCUUUUCUUUCUUCAGGCCCAUCAUGCUGCUUUUCAUUGCUUUUCCAUUCAUCGGGUCUCCUCUGGUGCGAUUCAUCCCCAACAAACGAGACGAGAUGAAUAAGUUCUUCAUCAACAGCAUUCAGAGGAUCAUCAAUCAGAGAGAGGAGCAGCCUCCUGAUCAGAGGCGCAGAGACUUCCUUCAGCUGAUGUUGGACGCACAAACCAGCAAGGAGUGUGUGUCUUUGGAACAAUUUGACACAGCGAACCCUGCUGGCGAGCUCGAUCACAGGAAUCAGCAGACGCAGCCGUCGGCCUCUGACCAGGACGACCGUCCUCAGCCACAGGAGCCCCCCACCAGGCGUCCACAGAAGAAGAUGAUAACUGAGGAUGAGAUCGUGGGUCAGGCUUUUGUCUUUCUUCUGGCAGGCUUCGAGACCAGCAGAAACACGUUGGCCUUCACCUGCUACCUCCUGGCCAUCCACCCUGAAUGUCAACGCAAAGUACGGGAAGAGGUGGAUGAUUUCUUCGCCACACAUGAGUCACCAGAUUACACAAACGUCCAGGAGCUGAAGUAUUUAGACAUGGUCAUAAGUGAAGCAUUGCGCCUCUACCCCCCUGGAUACAGGUUUGCCAGAGACGUUGACCAAGACUGUGUGUUGAACGGUCAGUUCCUCCCUAAAGGAGCCACACUGGAGAUCCCAGCAGGCUUCCUCCACUAUGACCCAGAGCACUGGCCAGAGCCCGAGAGCUUCAUCCCAGAGCGAUUCACACCAGAGGCCAAGGCCAGUCGGCAUCCGUUUGUAUACCUGCCGUUUGGGGCCGGUCCCCGUAACUGCGUGGGCAUGAGGCUUGCCCAGCUGGAAAUGAAAAUGGCUCUCGUGCAUCUGUUCCGCAGGUUCACCAUCGUGGCCUGCUCUGAGACCAAGGUCCCUCUUGAGUUGCAGUCGUUCAACAUUCUAGGACCUAAGAAUGGGAUAUUUGUGAGAAUUCAAAGAAGAGACUUGAUUGAAGGUCAUGGUAAUUCUCCAGCAGACAAUUAGAAAGUGUCCAUGUUGUGACAGUGACACACAGUGUGUGUGUGAGCAGUUUUCUCGAUCUGUUCCUUUGCAUUGAAAUAGAAAUUACAAUACGGUGUAAACCUUGAUAAUGCUGCUCAUCUAGUGGAAAGUGCACUGUAGCUGAGAAUCAGCACUGCUAUAAUACUGAGCAAACGUGUGACUGACUAUGCAGUUAGGCACUGUGAGGACACAGUUUUAGGUCCCUCUGAACUCCCUGCUGAUGGCUUCACCAGGUUAUUGGUGAUAAAUAAUAAUGGAGAGAGAGGCAGCUGGAGCAUAUUAACAAGGACUGGUCACAGGAAUAAAAGUGUGCUCUACUUAAGGAGAGCUUUGCUGCUUGUACCCAUGAAUGGUGGUUAUUUAACAAUGUAAUUAACCAUCAUACAGUCUCAGAUGUUCACAGCAAACGAUGGGGAAGGGACAGACCUGUCACUUGGGUUAGAUGCUACUGAUCAUACUGAUGAUAUUUAAGACUAACCGUGAUGACGUGUUUCUACGUCUUUUAAUCGCCUCGAUUGAAAGCUAUGUUAGAGUGAUGAAGUGGUUUGUGAAAGAAGAGGAAAGCCUCAGCUGUUUCUUUCAUUACCUGAUCAGUACUUAUCACAUGUGUCAGAACAGGAAACUUACCCACAUUUUAUCACAAGUCAUUCAUUGUUGUUUAAAGAGAACAUUUAUACCUCACUGAAAUGAAAAACACUCUCAUGUAGGAAAAGAAAUCAUCAUUUUAGCCAAUGUUUGAACAUUAUUCUGAGAUUGGUUGUUUGAGAAUUGCAGUCCUGAAUUAACUUUAAUUUUGAAUGUAUAUAAUAAGAGUGAUUUACUGAUGAUUAAUUUACGUGGCAGUGAAAAAGUGUAUAUCUCAGCAGCUGUGAUUAAAGGCAGGGGACUGAAUAUGCCAGUUGUACAUUCAAAAUGGAUCAAAACUCACUUGUGUGGAACUCAGUCUUUACAUGUGAUGAAUGAAAUUUCUCUUCUUCUUUGUUCUAUUGCUAACUAAUCACACUGACAUGGCAGUUUGUAACAUGUUUAUUACAUAACCACUGAAUGUUAUUCCAAAACUGAACACCAGAACAUGUGUUGCCUCAGUGCCCUUGAUUUAGACUUUCAUUCACAGACAAUCUUAUCACAACAAAAUACACACCAGCCACAACAGCAGACACUGACCAAGGAAAUGUAUUCUUACUGACAUAUUAUAAAUCCACCAGGACACACUGUGAUCAUCACACAAAAAUUCCACCAAGUGUUUCCAUUUUUUUGUCUUUUACAUCUGCACCACACCUCAGGAAAAUACUGUAACAUGUCAGUUUAUAAAACGAUGAGCAAAUUUUUA